AUGCUCUUCAUCCUAGCAGUGCUCGCAACUUCUUAUAUAACGGCUAUCGAUACCAUGAUGAUAGCCGAGUUAAAGGCUCCUUCAAUCCCUGAAUAUGCCAAACAUUUGACAGGGCAGGCACUAAUCGACUACGUGAACGACAACCAGCCCUUCUUUAGGGCAGAUAUACCGACAAUGUCUUACAAGCAAUUCAAAUCCCGCUUAAUGGAUUCAAAGUACCUGAAAGAAGACAAGGAAGCCCAGAUGACAAAAGAGAUCUUUUUUGAUGAACAGAUUCCAGAGAGCUUCGAUGCACGAGAGAAAUGGCCAGAUUGUGAAUCCAUCAAGAUUAUCCGCGAUCAAGCCAACUGUGGAUCUUGCUGGGCUGUCUCCGCAGCUUCGGCCAUGUCUGAUAGAGUGUGCAUCCAAACAAAAGGCGCAAAUCAGACACUCAUCUCCGACGCUGACAUCCUUGCGUGCUGCGGUAUGUUCUGUGGAUAUGGGUGCGUUUUCCUUCAUUAG